AAGAAAUAAGAAGUAUAAUUAAUAUUUAAAGAUGGUUAAGAGCAAAAUGUUUGUCAUUAAACGAGAUGGACGUCGUGAAGAAGUUCAUUUCGAUAAAAUUACGUCGAGAAUCCAGAAGCUUUGCUAUGGUCUUAAUAUGGACUUUGUGGAUCCUGUUUCGAUCACCUUUAAAGUAAUCAAUGGGUUGUAUACAGGAGUAACAACACAGGAACUGGAUAAUUUAGCAGCUGAAACAGCAGCAACGAUGACUACAGAUCAUGCAGAUUAUGCUGUUUUAGCUGCAAGAAUUGCCAUUUCUAACCUUCACAAAGAGACUAAGAAACAGUUUAGUGAAGUCAUGGAUGAUCUUUAUAAUAUGGAAAAUGAAUAUCUAAAGACUAAGUCCCCAAUGAUUAGCGAAUUCCAUCAUAAGAUCAUUAUGAAAAAUGCCGAUCGACUUAAUUCAGCUAUAAUCUAUGAUCGAGAUUUCGGAUACAACUAUUUUGGCUUUAAAACCUUAGAACGAAGCUAUCUGUUAAAGAUCAAGGGAAAAAUUGCAGAACGUCCACAACAUAUGCUUAUGAGAGUUUCUGUUGGUAUUCAUGGAGAGGAUAUUGAUGCAGCUAUUGAGACAUACAAUCUGUUGUCUGAAAGAUUCUUCACACAUGCAUCACCAACACUUUUCGCAGCAGCUACACCACGUCCUCAAUUGUCUUCAUGCUUUCUUCUCUCAAUGUCUGAUGACUCAAUCGAGGGAAUUUAUGACACUUUAAAGCAAUGCGCGCUAAUUAGCAAAUCAGCAGGUGGAAUUGGCGUUAAUGUUCAUUGUAUUCGUUCAAAAGGGACAUAUAUAGCUGGUACAAAUGGGAUUUCGAAUGGUCUCGUACCUAUGUUGAGAGUUUACAAUAAUACAGCACGUUAUGUUGAUCAAGGUGGUAAUAAACGUCCUGGUGCAUUUGCAGUCUAUUUGGAACCUUGGCAUGGAGAUGUUUUUGAGUUUCUAGAUUUAAAGAAAAAUACUGGAAAAGAAGAAGUUCGUGCUAGAGAUAUGUUUUAUGCUUUAUGGAUUCCUGACUUGUUUAUGCAACGUGUUGAAAACAAUGAAAUGUGGUCUUUAAUGUGUCCUCAUAGCUGUCCAGGUCUUUAUGAGACUUAUGGUAAAGAAUUUGAAAAUCUAUAUAUUCGAUAUGAAGCAGAAGGACGAUUUAUUCGUCAAGUAAAGGCACAAGAUUUAUGGUUUGCAAUUAUUGAAUCUCAAGUUGAGACAGGAACACCUUAUAUGCUGUAUAAGGAUGCAUGUAAUCGUAAAUCGAAUCAACAGAAUCUUGGAACAAUCCGUUGCUCAAAUUUAUGUACUGAAAUUGUCCAAUAUUCAAGUAAAGAUGAAGUUGCUGUCUGUAAUUUAGCAUCAAUUGCCUUAAAUAUGUUUGUCAAGCCAAAUCGUAAAGAAUAUGAUUUCCAUAAAUUGAAGGAAGUCACAAAGAUAGUCACAAGAAAUUUAAAUAAAAUUAUUGAAGUUAAUUUCUAUCCAGUUGAAGAAGCUAAACGAUCAAACUUUAGACAUCGUCCAAUCGGAAUUGGAAUUCAAGGAUUAGCUGAUGCCUUUAUAUUGAUGAGAAUGCCAUACGAGUCUGAUGAAGCUAAAUUAUUAAAUCAACAAAUAUUUGAGACAAUUUAUUAUGGAGCUUUAGAGUCGAGCUGUGAAUUGGCUGAAAAACUUGGAACUUAUGAGACGUAUGAAGGAUGCCCAGUAUCAAAAGGUAUAUUACAAUAUGAUAUGUGGGAAAAGACACCAACUGACUUGUGGGAUUGGGAAGCAUUAAAAGAAAAAAUCAAGAAUUUUGGUCUUCGUAAUUCAUUGUUAUUAGCACCAAUGCCAACUGCAUCAACAGCUCAGAUUUUAGGUAAUAAUGAGAGCUUUGAACCAUACACAAGUAAUGUUUAUAAUCGUCGUGUGCUUAGUGGAGAGUUUCAAGUUGUUAAUCAUCAUCUUAUUAAGGAUUUGACAGAACGUGGUUUAUGGGAUGAUGAUAUGAAGAAUCAAAUUAUUGGAAAUAAUGGCUCAAUACAAGCUAUUGAUGAAAUUCCUGAUGAUAUUAAAAACAUUUAUAAAACAGUAUGGGAAAUAUCUGUCAAGACACAAAUUCAAAUGGCAGCUGAUCGUGGAGCUUUUAUCGAUCAAAGUCAAUCAUUCAAUAUUCAUGUAGCGGAACCAAAUUAUGGGAAAUUGACAUCUAUUCAUUUUUAUGGAUGGAAGUUGGGACUUAAAACUGGAAUGUAUUACUUAAGAACAAAAGCUGCUGCGAAUGCUAUUCAAUUUACUGUUGAUAAAGCACGCUUAGCUGUUCAGGAAAAUGGACAUGCCAAAAGUGGAACUUCUCCCAAAAAGAAUACAUCAUUAAAUAGCUCUGUUAACAAUAUUACUUUGAAUGGAGAUCACGAAACUUCAACUACAGAACGUGAAAUUCAUUUAGCUGAAAUGGUCUGCUCGUUAGAAAAUAAGGAUGAGUGCUUGAUGUGUGGAUCUUAAUUCAACGGCUUUCUUCCAAAAAUCCAUCAAUUCACAUAAUUAUUAAUUAAGACACAAUAUUUUCUAUAUUUUCAUUAAUUUCGUC